AUGGACAUGUGUAUCACACACCCUUCUCUGGUGACUCCUUUCGACAUACAGCAGAUGCUUCUCUGUCCAGAUCUCAGGGGCAGCUGGUGUACACCAAUGUACGGCAUCUCGACACUGACUCUUGUGAACACUGUAAGUAGACAAUUUUAUAUUCUCAUUGCAGAAAUUGAAGCCAGAGAAGCCUGCGACUGGCUGAGAGCUGCCGGUUUUCCCCAGUAUGCUCAGCUGUUCGAAGAUAUGCAGUUUCCUAUUGAUGUAAAAACUGUGAGGAAAGAUCAUGAAUUUUUAGACGAAGAUGAGAUUGAAUCACUAUUCAGACGGUUGAAUACACUGAACAAGUGUGCAUCAAUGAAAGUGGAAAUAAGCCGACACAGGAAACAGAGCAAUGACUCUGAAGAUGAUGAACCUUGUGCAAUAAGCAACAAGUGGGCUUACGAAAGAUGCAGUCAGAGAUGGUCUCGUAUCGGGAGCCUAGAAGGUUUCCCCGGAGAGGAAGGUGCUAGUGCAUCGCUCCCAGGCAGUCCAAUGCUGAAGAGCACCAGCAAUGAGGCUGCUGUCCUGGAUCACGACGAGAAACAUGACGUGUCCUCGAUUCACAGUACUAGCAGUGGUGAUAGUGACACUGCUAGCUUCCCAAAACCUUUUGAAGAUGUGGAAACCAGCACGAGUUCCUCAAAGUGUUCCUCAAUUAAAGUGGCUUCACUGGACUCUACCUUCAGCUGUUCUUCUCCUCCCAGUGACUUUUUAAAUAUUACCAGUGAGGAGAAGAUUUUGGAUAAAUCACCACACAAAAAGAGGAAGAACCUUCUAAAGAAAAUGGAGAAGUUGCAUUUAAGGAGCAGCAACUUAAGGAGUGGUCAGUCAAAGGCCAAACCCACAAUAGGUGAACCUGUUCUUCUGGAAGGACUUAGUGAAGAAAAGAUGAAGAGGCUGAACUGCGUAAAUAUUUCUGACCUCUCUGGCAUCCAAACAAACAAUGUUUCCUUUUCUUCCCAGACCUGCAAUAGCAGCAACCAGUCUGAAAAUAGCAGCACAGUGAGCACUCCAAGUCCUGUUAUAAAAUCACGAAGUCACUAUGCAGGAAGGGGGGUGUACGCAGAGGACUUGGAUUCUAGCAAGCUCUUGCUGUGGAAUGACCUAUCUCAGCAAAACCUGAAAAAUGACAUGAAGUUACAAACGAACCAGAUGUUUCAAAUACCACCAGGCCAUAAACCUGGCACUUUCCCCAAAACACUUACAUACAGUUCCCUGUCUCCCGUGGACAAUUCUUCCGUGAACUGGAGGACGGGGAGUUUUCAUGGGUGCAGAAGGAGCCAGAGCGGAAGCAGUUCCAAGGACUCCAAAGCCCCCAGGAGUCCCCUUUCGUGUGCAGAUAACAGGCUCAGUGUAUACGACAACAUACCCAGUAUUGAAUUUGAUAAGUUGGAGGCAAUGGAAGGUGGUGAUGAUGAUGUUUUUUCAGAAAUGAACAGUGUUAUAGAAGAUGUCAAUGGUCUCAAAAAGUUGGUUGAUCAGUGGACCCAGAAGUUCUCAGAUGAUGAGGAUUCGGGCUCUGCCAGUGACUUCACCUCUUUGUAUCCAUCCUCACCUAAACAAAUCUCGCAACAAACCACGUGGUGCUUGGGAACUGCAGGUCGUGUAGAGUCCUAGGCACUUCACAGAUGCAGGCAGAAAACGAACAGGGACAAUGGGAAUAGUCCUAAGCUUGAACAACAUUUAUCCCACAGGCACGGGACGCAACACUGGCCUGCGGAAGAGAGCGUGACCUUGGGAAGCCUUUCCAUCCAGGCUGGCAGCCAGUCAGCUGCCCAGCUAGCCCGGACACAAAAGCUGGCUUUGCUGAAACUCACUGCUCUGAUGGACAGAUACUCCCCGUCCAGCAAGCAGGGCUGGAACUGGACUAUACCAAAGUUCAUUAAAAAAAUAAAAGCCUCUGACUACAAGGACAAGCAUGUGUUUGGGGUUCCUUUGCUUCUGAACGUCCAGCGAACCAGCCGCCCGCUGCCGAACGGCAUACUGCAAGCGCUGGACUACCUAAGAAGCCACUUUCUUGACCAGGUUGGCCUGUUCCGAAAAUCCGGUGUUAAAUCCAGGAUUCUGUCUUUGAGAGAAAUGAAUGAAAGCAACCCGCACAACGUGUGUUACGAAGGGCAGUCGGCGUUUGAUGUGGCCGAUAUGGUGAAGCAGUAUUUCCGAGACCUCCCCGAGCCUAUAUUUACCAGCAGGCUCUGUGAAUCCUUCCUCCACAUCUACCAAUAUGUGCCAAAGGAUCAGCAGUUUCAGGCUGUCCAGGCUGCUAUUCUCCUCCUCCCAAAGGAGAACCGAGAAGCUUUGAAAAUCCUCCUCUUCUUCCUGCGAGACGUGGUGGCUUUUGUUGAGGAGAACCAGAUGACCCCAACCAACAUCGCCGUCUGUCUGGCACCUUCACUGUUUCACCUCAACACCCUGAGACGGGACAGUUCCUCCUCCUCCACUAGGUAUGAGCGCCUUGAUGCUGGCAUUGCUGCUGUCCGUAGCGUCCUCGGCUGGAACAACGCUUUCUCUAACUGGCCUAGGAUCCGUGUCUGCUUUUAA